AUGGCCUCCCCAUCAUCCCUCAGCACUCGCUUGGAUGACGAGCCAGAUUGGCAGUAUGGCCAUCGCGCCGCCAAGCGACACAAAGGAACGUCCACCGCGGGUGCGUCCAAUUCCUCCCCUCGCGAGAUUGGCUAUAUGAGAGAACCACAGAACGACGGCCCUGCCAGCUUUCUUGGUAGCUCUAGUGGGAUCCACUUUGUGCGACAUGUAUACAAUGCUUUUGCUCGCCGAUCGGCAGAUCUACAGCAGACUCGAGCUCGCGAUAGGAGCGCGGUGCCGGGAGAGGACGAUCGGUUGCAGCGAGACCCUGGACAUAAUGACACCAGUGAGCUGUGGACCGAGAAAGAAGUAACGUUUUCCCCCACGGCUUCCUUCUCCUUUCAAGAUAUCGUUCACUGGACCCGCCGUUACUUUGAAAACUGGCACCCGAUUUUCCCUUGCCUUCAUGCACCAACGGUUUUGAAGGCCAUGGAGACGCUCGGCCACAAUGGCUUGGAAUCAAUUGGCAGGCUGGAUCUGAUAGUCAUCCGCUGCCUUGUUUCGGUAUCCUUGGCGGAUAAUCGACAGGCUCAAACUCCCGAAUCGAAAAUGGGGCAAGUCCCUGCCUCUCUGGUAUUCCAAACUGUGCACGAUAUCAUGCAAGAGACACAAAGUUUGCUAGCAGAGCCAACCACGGUCCCACUGUUGCAAGCUGCAUUUACCAUUCAGCUUACUCUGACUUCCCUGUUACGCCUCAAUGCUGCAUCCCGAGUGGGUGGGAUUAUCACUCGAACUGCUUUCCAUUUGGGUCUGCAUCGAUGCCCCGGUCGGUUUCCAUGCUUUACCAGUGAGGAAGUUGACAUCCGUCGGCGUCUAUUCUGGUCAAUCUACUCCCUUGAGCGAUAUUUGUCCCAAGCUCUUGGAGUCCCACUUAGUAUUCGAGAUGAUGACAUUGACGUUUGCUAUCCUGGUGCUGAAAGGCAUGCUGACCAAUCCAGUCAAUCUGAUCUUAGCCGCCUCCAACUGCUAUCUCACCUUGCCAAAUAUGCCAGAAUAAGAGGAUUGAUUCUGGAACUACGCAACAAGUCUAUAUUGCAUAGCCAUGCUGGCGCAGUCGAAGCAGCACACGUUAAUGGUGAAUUGUCUCAGUGGUGGAAUGAAGUUUAUGAUGACGUCAACCCCCUUGAGAGUAAUUCUGACACCGGCACUGAUCCAAAUCCGAUCCUCGCUCCGUAUCACCGACUUUUGCUCAUGGUCCUAAGACACGAAGCAAUCAUCUCUAUGAACAGGCCUCUUCUUGCCGCUGAGAAACCCAAUCCCGACUACAAGAACGCCCUGCAAACCUGCAUUGGGUCUUCACGGUCCUUGCUAGCCGCUUUGAACAAAUACAUGUCCUCUUCGUCCGAUGUUCCCUUGACAUGGCCAUCUCUCACCUGGACAACAUGGAUGGCAUGUCUCAUAUUAAUGUAUGCGUCGUGGGAAGGCGAGCUUCCUGUACCCACAGCUUUGACGUAUGCUAGAGUCGGUAUUUCUGUGCUAGGAAACUUCGCGCUUAGAGGGAGCAGUUGGCCAGAGACAUGCAUUGAGGCGAUCAGAAGCAUGGAGUCGGCUUUUCCAUCAAAUAUUGGUUUGCAGGAUGUACCCUCCAGCUUAUUUGCCAAUGAGAGAAGACUUACCAAAAAUCCAACCGGAUCGCCGAGAAACUUCACACCGCGCCCCUCAAUAGGUGGCAAUGCAACACUCGUCCCGUUCGAAAACCGAGGGACAAAUCCUCAGGUUCUCCCAUCUUCAACGGGGGCUCGAAAAUUCGAGACACCGACAAGUCAUGCUACGCAUGAGGAGCCGCCUGACUCGGCUGUCACCCAACCACUACAGGUUUACCAUGGCCCCACAAUCGACGCUUCCUCGUUCGACACAUAUUCAAUAAGUGGUCCGACCUCAGCCGGUCUCAUUUUCGGAGACAUGGGCAGCACAAAUGCCCAUCUCUACCCAGGAAAUAUAGGCCAAGACUCUCAGCCUUUUUCAGACGCAUACUUCUCAGUGAAUGAUCUCUGGAGUGUGGCAGAUGGUCCGUGGAUCAUUGAUGGCAAUUUAUUGUAA